CGUGUACCUUAGGUCUGGCAACCAAUAGCCCCGACAACGUGCAAUUUUUCGGCCUGUGUGCGUAUUUCGCCGGUGAGAUUCUCUGAUAUUCCCUUAAAUUUAAUUUAAUAUUUAGCCAGAAACACUCCUAAAAUGCCACCUAAGAAGUCUAAAACAAAACCGGCAAAAAAGGACAAGCCAGAAAAGUCUGGAAAAUCUCAGAAUACCGAAGAGGCCGUCGGUAAGCACUUGGAAGACCUCGACUUGAAUGACGGCGAUGACUCCGACUCCGACUUCGAAGCUCCCAAAACCUCCAAAAACAAGUUUACCGCUCUAGAAAGUGACGGCGAGGACGAAAACAGCGACGACUCCGAGAAUGAAACCAAGGGUAAAGGCGAUAGAGACAGCAAAGAGUCGGAAUCCUUCGCGUCUAAAAAGAUGUCACACAAGGAAAAGAAGUUAAUGAAGAAGCAGUCGGAAUACCAGAAGCAGAUCGAGAGCCUCAACAAAGGAAAAACUGCCUCAGAUGGGGAGCAGUUCACGGUGUCUCAGGCUGACAAGUCCGCCGCUCAGCAGCAACAACUUGAAAAUGCUAUUGACAUCAAGGUUGAAAAUUUUUCUAUAUCGGCUCGAGGCAAGGACUUGUUUGUGAAUGCCAGCCUUACAAUCACUGCUGGGAGACGAUAUGGCUUGGUUGGCCCUAAUGGGCAUGGAAAGACGACCCUGCUGAAACACAUUGCCAACCGCUCAUUAAACAUUCCUCCAAACAUUGACGUCCUCCUCUGUGAACAGGAGGUGGUUGCUGAUGAGACUCCAGCUGUGGACGUGGUCCUCAAGGCAGACUUCAAGCGUACGGCACUCUUGAGCGAGCUGAAGAAACUUGAAGAAGAGUCGUCCACCGGCAACCUCAAGAACCAGGAGCGGAUAACAGAAGUUUAUGAAGAGUUGCAGGUGAUCGGUGCUGACUCGGCCGAGUCCCGUGCACGCCGCAUCCUCGCCGGUCUGGGAUUCACCCGAGAAAUGCAGGACCGUCCCACCAACCACUUCUCUGGAGGCUGGAGGAUGAGGGUGUCCCUCGCAAGGGCACUCUUCGUGGAACCGACUUUACUCUUACUCGAUGAACCGACCAACCACUUGGAUCUGAAUGCCGUCAUUUGGCUUGACAACUAUCUUCAAGUCUGGAAGAAGACCUUGCUGGUUGUGUCCCACGACCAGAGUUUCUUGGACAACAUCUGCACUGAUGUUAUUCAUCUGGACAAUCAGAAACUGUUCUACUACCGGGGCAACUUCAGCCAGUUCAAGAAGAUGUAUGUCCAGCGUCGAAGAGAAUUGGUCAAGGAGUUUGAGAAGCAGGAGAAGAAAAUAAAGCAGAUGAAAAUGUCUGGAGUGUCAAGCAAAGUUGCCACAAAGACGACAGUCCAGGCUCUGACGAGGAAACAGCAGAAGAACAAGCAGAAGCUCCAAGGGACAGAGGAGGACAGCGGUCCACCAGAUCUGAUCCAGAAGCCUCGGGACUAUAUUGUCAAGUUCAAGUUCCCGAACCCACCACCGCUGAACCCCCCCAUCCUUGGUCUUUACAACGUCGACUUCGGAUACCCAGGACAGCCCCUGCUGUUCAAAUCUCUUGAUUUUGGUAUUGACAUGUCGUCCAGAGUUGCUGUUGUUGGACCGAACGGAGUCGGGAAAAGUACAUUCCUCAAACUCCUGUGUGGCGACUUAACUCCCCUACAAGGUGAAGCUCGGAAAAAUCACAGACUGAGAAUAGGCCGUUUCGACCAGCACUCGGGCGAGCAUCUAAAUUCUGAAGAGAGCCCAGUCGAAUACCUUCAGAGGUUGUUCAACCUCAACUACCAGGAUGCCCGCAAGCAGCUGGGCAGCUUCGGCCUGGUGAGCUACGCGCACACGAUCAAGAACGGAGACCUAUCCGGAGGUCAGAAGGCGAGGGUGGCCCUGGCCGAGCUUUGCCUCAAGGCUCCCGACGUCCUCAUCCUGGAUGAACCUACAAACAACUUGGACAUUGAGUCAAUCGAUGCCUUGGCUGAAGCCAUUGGGUGCUAUGAGGGUGGAGUUAUCAUUGUGAGCCACGACGAGCGGCUGAUUCGAGAAACAAACUGCCAGCUCUGGGUGAUCGAGCACAAAGGAAUCGAAGAGAUUGACGGAGACUUCGAAGACUACAGGAAAGAACUGCUGGAAUCUCUGGGAGAGAUUGUCAACAACCCUAGCAUUGCAGCUCGACAAGCCAUGGAAUAACUGCCACUAAAGGAGGAAUAUGAUUGGACUGUUGAAAGCUUUAGCUUGAGUCAGUGUCAUGAAGUUUUAUGAAAAUUUGUGACCUGAAAGAUAUCGCCGUGGAAAAUAUGAAUAUAUUUUUAAUAAUUCUGACCAUAUCUUUCACAAUGGUGAUUGGCUAUAACUUAUUUGGCGCUGGUUGUAAGAUACAAAUUUAGGCUAAGCAAAGAGAGAAAGAGGAAAACUUGCAUCACUCGACGUGCAUGUUGAGCGAACGUUUCCGCACAAUUUCUGAAAAUAAAAUGGUUAAAUUUU